GUUCUCACUUAUUUGUAUAAUAUUUAGACUGAUUAUACUAUUGUUUUCUUUACAUAGGUUGGAUAAAAUCUAAGAAGGUUACAUAUUGCAAAUUACUUAAGACUAAACAAUAAAGAAUUAAAAUUUAUUAAAAUUUACUCUCUUUAUAUUUAUAAUGAGUAAAAAAAAUAAUGAAGCAGUGCCAGGUGAUGGUUUGCGUUCUUUAAAAAGUACAAUGUUAUUCCGUGCAGUUAAUUACGAAUUAUAUGUUAAACCGAAUAAAGUAAUAAUGAUUUUUGGAACUAUUGCAAUGUUUGGUUGCAUGGGAUACAUUGCUUAUAUGCAACACAAUUCUGAUAAUACAAAAUCUUAUUCUAUGGUUAAUGAAACAAGUGACUUCAAAAAGGAAACAUCAAAAUGGAGAAUAUAG